AGGAGGAGCGUCCACUCUGACACCAGCAGCCCAGUGGAGCAGCAAGAAGGUGUCUGCUGAGAGAAACUAGGUCUGCUUAUUUCUUGCUAUUCUCUUUACACAGCAAAGAAGGGGAGGAAAAAGAGAAGAAGAGGAAGGAAAAGAAAAGAAGAGGAAGGAAAGGAAAAGAAGAGGUUGCAUGCAGCACAUGAUCCUGAAGAUGACUUGAAUGGAUGUGAAAGAAGCAAAGUGAUUUUUGAGGUGAAGGAAUUCUUCUCUUUUCUUCUUUCGCUCCCGAACAAAUCUGUGGUAAAAAAACAGUUUUUGUGUGAAAAUGUCAUGUGAGCAAGAUUAAACUGGCUAAUAUAGAUUUUUUGAGUGGUGCCGAGACAAAGGAGAGCAUGGCCGUCAACACGGACGUCGACUUCCUCAAGUCCAACCUGGGAGAAGGUGGAGGUGGAGGUGGAGGUGGACGUGGAGGCACUCAGCUGGCAGACUUCCAGGAGACGGAGAAGCUCCUGGCGGUCACCACGGAGCCGGCGGGACACGGACUGAAGAUGUCCUCCUCCUUCUCCGUCACCAUGGACCACCAGGACAAAGGUCCCGAGGCCGACCACAACGGCCACAGCGUGAGCUUGAGGUCGGGCUCGGCGGGGCAGCUGGCGGCCGCCGCGCCCCUUUCGCCGUCUAAAGUCUCCCUGAGCCGCUCCUCCACCGGGAACGCCGCCGUGCAGGAGAGACCCAAACCUCGGGACUACUUGAUCCUGGUCAUCAUCUCCUGCUUCUUCCUGGUGUGGCCCGUCAGCAUCGUGGCCCUCGUCUACUCCAUCAUGUCCAGGAACAGUCUGCAGGCGGGCGACGUGGACGGGGCCAGAAGACUCGGACGACUGGCUCGUCUGCUGAGUAUCGUUUCCAUGGUGCUGGGAGUGGUGGCCAUCAUCGUCUACAUCUCACUUUCAGUUUUGAAGUGAGGGACACACACAGCCCCGUGAAGUCCAAACACAGAUGCAACGAGAAGAAAAAGAAAAGAAUGCAUACAUUUAAAUCUGAUCUGGUUUUAUUUCUACCAUAUUGUAACUAUGACAUCAUGACGUUCCGGAAGCAAUAGCAAAGUCGUGAUCUUGCUCCUGCAUGCAUUUCAACCCACUAACAUCUGCUCCAUGCAACACUAUUACGGACAGGAACGAGAAGACACUUCCCACGUGUGAUUAUGGACGAGUGAGCACAGGAGACUUUUUCUACGCCAGUGAUGGGACGCUUUAACAGCUUCUCCUGUUGGACAGCAGCAUAUAAUCCUCCUAUAUUGAAAGCCGACACAUCAAAAAUGAGAUGUACGUUUUGUACCAUGCUGCGACUGCGAAGGCAGCGGACUGAAUCGUUAAGACUGACGGAAUGAGAAGUUGUGUACGUGAGGAGUCCAGCGCUUGUUGAAUCAUCCCAAAAAAAAUACGAUUAUUGCUUUGAGUAUGCAAACACACAUGCACCCUUUCACAUUAAUCACUUUCAUUUGCCACACCUAACACUUAAUCUUUGCUCCAGCUCUUCACCUAAUGCCCUUAAUCUCUGUUUACAACCUUUCUACUUGUCGUAUAUCCUCAGUGCUACGCCACAGACUGGUCCAAUUCAAGUCUUUUCUUGUAUAUGUAAGGGAAAAUAUAUAUGCAAUAUGUAUGCAUGAUGUAUGUUUCUUUAAAUGACCUUCACUUCAAUCAACAUCCAGAUCUAACAGAUUGUGUUUCAUAUCAGACAGUGAUCAUCAGUGUUACCACACACACAUGCACAUGCACCUUCACAAUACAGAUAACAUUAAUUUCAGGGGGGGGCGUGAAAGAAAUUUGUGAGGUAAGGUAUGUGUGAGACAAUUGCGUAAUGGCAUCUUAAGUGUUCGUAAAGAACUAUCUUGACACAUA